CAACAACAGGCGCAGCCUCUCCAGGCAUCUCGAAUCUUUUCGCAGUCCUCGAUAAAUGUCCUACGAGGGCGACGGCAGCCUCUAUGUGGUAUGCCCAUAUCCUUGCCGCUUUGAUAUGCGUUCAGCUUGCUCAAUCCUCCUGAUAUGGCCGUCGUCACCGUCACCGUAGCGCAGACAGAGUCACCGAACCACUAUGCAGUCGCGGUCGAGAAACAGUCCUUCGAUGGCCGAUAUACUCCCUCCUCGAUCAUUGUCACACUCAGUGUGGCUUUGGCUCUCUACAACUCGCUGGAAAUGAUUCUUCUGAUCUCACUGACAUUCAAAAGAAGGAGAGGCUUAUACUUCUGGAGCUUGGCCCUCUGCAACUUCGGCGUCUUCGCCUAUACCACUGGAAUGAUGCUAGGAUUUUUCGAACUCUGUAUCCUAUGGCUGAGCAAAUCAUGGCUGGACGUGGGCUGGGUAUGCAUGAUUGUCUGCCAAUCUCUCGUACUCUACUCGCGGCUGGGCCUGAUACUGGACAAUGUCAAAAUCUUGAUGGGCGUCAAGUGGAUGAUUGUCGUCAACAGCCUCAUUUUCCUGGUCCCGACGGUGAUUCUAGACUUCGGCUCGACGUACUCAGGGCUCCCAUCCUUUUCUGAAGCAUACUACUACAUGGAACACAUCCAAAUGACCGGCGUCACCCUCCAAGAACUGAUAAUUUCCAGCCUCUACCUUUGGAAGACCACCAGUCUACUCAAAGUCAUCUCGAGAGCAAAUUCUCGGAGCAUGAUCUGGCAACUGUUUACAAUCAACAUCAUCAUCAUCUGUAUGGACGUCGCGCUCAUCAUCCUCGAGUACAAGCAUCUCCAGCUCUACCAAGAAAGCAUCAAGGCCUUCGUCUACAGCGUCAAGCUGAAGCUCGAGUGGAACAUCCUAUCCAAGCUUGUCAACCUUGUUCAUGGUGACGGAAUCAAUAGGUCCAUGACUUUAGACAUCAUUGACCCGACAACACUCUCGGGACAGGCGCGAUCGGAAAUACGAGCAGAAGUGGUGGGGCCUGAACGUCUCGCUGGCUCGCUCGCUAGCGACGAGAAAGUAAGUGGCCGGCAACUGGAGGCCGGGCAAGCUACCGGCAUACCAUCAGGUGAUAACGAUCAAAUAUGCCCGGUACUUUCACGCGAGUCUGGCUGGACACCAAGAACGAAUAGGAGAGUAUCUGAUGAUUUGUAUGCAGACGCCCUGCGGACUCUGAAGUGAACAUGGUUGCAGCUACACGCAAUCUGCAUGGAGCAGUCUGAUGAUCAGUGAUCUUGCCGGGUCUAGAUGUCACACCUCCUUCCGGACCCCGUGGCUCCUCUUCGACCUAAUUAUCCUCUUUUGCCUUCAGAUCCUCCACCAUCUCAUCAUAUGCGUGAUAAGCGUCAAUCUUGGUGCUGGCAAACUUCCUCGCGGGAACUCGCUUCUCGAACAGGAUAUCAAGUUCCUCGAAUGUCCUUCCACCUGUUUCAGGAAGUCUGAAAAACACCCAUAUCAGACAUGGAAUACACAGGCCGCCAAAGAAAAAUGCCUGCAGCAUGUUAGAAUAAGCUCUCACAUGGCUGUCAUCAUAGUCUUACCGUUUUUCCUUCCCAGCCCCAUGCUGUUGGGUUCAGUGCAAAUGCCGGAAUUGGAUAGAUCGCAAUAUCGAUAAUGUAUGCCGUAGCUCGGGCCAAUGCAACGGUCUUGCCUCGAAGUCUCGUCGAUCCUGCUUCUCCGACAAUGGUGUACAAGGUUGCAGCAACAGAUGGCGAGUACACAAAAA